AUGCAAGUGCCGGUUCUCGGCUGCACUUUCCUCACACUGUCAGAGAGCGAGAAAAGUACUGCCAAGAACCUGCAGUUGUCAGAGCAGGGAUCGGUACCGAUCAUCAGGGCACUAAUGAUCAGUUCCCUGAUGAUCGGUGCCCAGCAGUGCCACCCACCAGUUCCACCCACCUGUGCCACCCAGCAGUGCCACACACCUGUGCCCAGCAGUGCCACCCACAUUGCCACCAGUCAGUGUCCAGUGGUUGUGCCAGUCAGUGCCCAGCAGUUGCACCAGUCAAUGCCUAGCAGUGCCGCCUAUCAGUGCUGUCUAUCAGUGCCACCUAUCAGUGCCGCCUAUCCGUGACACCUCAUUAGUGCUGCCUAUCCCCGCCGCCUCAUUAGUGCUGUCUAUCAGUGCCGCCUCAUUAGUGCUGCCUAUUAGUGCCCUUCCGUG